AAACACCCCCGUAACAUUUCCCAAUUAACAAAUAACAGUUAUAAAAAUUGCCUUGAAUUGAGAUUUGAGAAUUGAGAUUGGCGCAUCCGACCAAUUCUCGGCGGGGACUAGUGCACUACUCCGUAGUAAACUAAUAAUCCCACCUGAGCAGUGAGCACCCACACUACUACUCAUUCUCUCGCGCCCAAACAGCGCACCACUCUCCUGGAAGGUGGAAGCGCACCACCGAAGCAACGAUUACUCGACACUUUUCUCUCGUUGAUCUUCUUGCACUUUUCGAGACAAUUUCUGUUCAAGAAUUCGAUGAUUUGAAUCACACAAUUGAGUGAUUCAUCAGCCAAUUUCUUCAAUGGCAUUGAAAUCCAAAGGAAAACAGCUUUCUUUUGAGAUCCUUUCUUCCAAUUUUCCAGAUGAUACCAUUGUCGAUCGUUCAAACUCCGAUCCUUUGCCUCAAAACAACAAGUCCAAUCGCCGAAGACGAAAGCAAAGGCGGAAGAAAUCCACCCCUAAUUCACCCUCACCAUUUGAAUUCAACACCAUCUUUGAAAAUGGCGGUGAUGGUGGUGUUGCCGUAUUGGAGGAGGAGCCGUCGAUGACUUCACACAGCUAUUCGGCGCCGAGUUUCGUGGUUUGUGAGAUGAGAGAGGAGAGUUUGAGUACGGUUUGCCAGGUUUCGCAGGGGGAAUUACGCCAGAGGAAUGUCAGUAGUGGCGGAAGUGGUGGCGGAGAUUUGAUUCCGGUUGUAGAGGUACCGGAACCCGAGGCGAAUUCAAAUUCUAAUUCGAGAUCGAAUCUUGUUAAUGGGAAGUUGGAUACUGCGGAGUCUUUGGAUUGGAGCCGAUUUAUGGCAGAGGAAGAUCCUAAUUAUCCUUUUCCUGUGGAGAAUUCACCAAUAAAAUUCUUCAUGGAAGAAAUGCACAAUGGAAAUUCUAUUAGAAGCACAACGACACGAGGAACUGAGAAAGAAAGAGAGAGAGUUUAUGACACUAUCUUCCGCUUGCCAUGGAGGUGUGAACUGCUUAUUGACGUGAGCUUCUUCGUCUGUUUGAAUUCGUUUUUGUCGUUGCUGACUAUCAUACCUAUGAGAGCUCUGGUAACCCUAUGGAGGCUACUUAGUAAAAGGCAGCCCAAAACACCUUCUGCCGCAGAGCUGUCAGAUUUUGGUUGUCUCUUUGUUCUAGCUGUUGGAGUUACGCUUUUGGGGCGGACAGAUAUAAGCCUCAUAUACCAUAUGAUUCGUGGUCAAGGAAUUAUCAAGCUUUAUGUUGUCUAUAAUGUUUUAGAGAUAUUUGAUAAACUUUGGCAAAGUUUUGGAGGUGAUGUGUUUCAGACAUUAUUCAAUACUGCUGAGGGGUUUGCAUGUUCUUCACCAGAGUUAUCAAGAUAUUGGCUGGAAAGAUAUACCAUUGAUUUAUUGUUGGCUGCAGCUGCUUCAAUUGUUCAUUCUUUUAUAUUAUUAGCUCAGGCAAUAACCUUGUCAACCUGUAUAGUGGCUCAUAAUAAUGCUUUACUUGCUCUGCUAGUCUCAAAUAAUUUUGCGGAGAUUAAAAGCAAUGUGUUCAAGAGAUUCAGUAAAGAUAAUGUUCAUAGCAUUGUAUACUCUGAUUCAAUCGAGAGGUUCCAUAUCACAGCAUUUGUCAUAUUUGUUUUGGCACAAAAUAUUCAGGAAGCUGAGGGUCCAUGGUUCGGAAAUUUCCUUUCUAAUGCUCUCUUGGUUUAUUUCUCCGAAAUGGCAAUUGAUGUCAUUAAGCAUUCAUUUAUUGCCAAAUUUAAUGACAUAAAACCCAUUGUGUACUCUGAGUUUCUUGAAGACCUCUGCAAACAGACUCUGAACAUUCAGACUGAUGCUGAAAAAAAGACGCUCACUUUCGUUCCUGUGGCCCCAGCUUGUGUGGUCAUCAGGGUGCUCACCCCUGUAUAUGCUGCUCGUCUUCCCUGCAGUCCUCUGGUUUGGAGACUUUUCUGGAUUUUAUGUUUGACAAUGUUGACCUAUGUGAUGCUUGUGAGCCUGAAGGUGAUGAUAGGGAUGGGGCUUCAAAAGCAUGCAGCUUGGUACAUCAAAAGGUGCCAGAAGAGGAAAGUUCACUCUGACUAAAUGACAUUGUUAUGAGAUAGGACUGAUUGCUGAUGAUCGGAAGUGGAGGGUCACCAAGGUAAAUGUCUUACCUUUUGGGUAUGGGGAUCAACACAAGUCGAAAGGCCGAAUCUUGCUGAAUGGGUUAUACUCUGAUUUAGAUAUUGUGUGAACCAUGAUGAACAAAUGCUUGAGUUGAUGGUAUUGCCUUAAAAAUCUUCAUAGUUCCAGCCACUGCAAUCGUCUCGAACAGAAAUGUGUAUAUAGUGGCAAGCGGACACAAAUUGAUCAUUCAUUGCUACUCUUGUUUAGUGUGAAGGAGAGGAAUCCACAAGGCCAAAUGGUUGAACACGGUGAUAGGGCAAAAGGUUGUACUUUGUUCUUCGGAGGAUGCACAACUGUAAACCAGUUUGGGGGUUCUUUACAUGAAAUUGAGAUUUUCAGCGUGUAUGGAAUGGGAGAGAAAAUGGGGGGUUCAAUGUUUGGUUAGCAAGAGAUCGAUGCCUUUAACGUUGUUUAUAUAUAAUGUAGAUGAGCAUGUUGAUUGAUUUUCAGUUAGCACAAGUCAUACAUGCAUUAAUCUCACUGAAAGGUUUCUGGAAACACCUAGUUGGCUUCAAAAUAUUCAACAUAUCGAGGCAUUUCUAGCAGCUAACUGAUAGCCAUUUUUUUUUGACGGGAACUGAUAGGUAUUUGAUAAGUGCCUAACGUGACAUUUUCGUAAACAAAAACUUUUGUAUAUAUCCGGUUUACACUAAUAUUAGUGUACAUCGAGCAGUAUAGAGGUAACUUUAAGUCAAUUUAGGAUAACUUUUUGCCUUUUUUUGGGUAACUUUAAACAUAAUAUGAUUUUUUUUACAAAUCGAAAAAGAAAAGUUUUAUAAGGGUGAUA